AUGUCUUAUGUACAAACUGAACAUGACGCGAUCUCUAGUUUAUAUGCCCUUCGCUUUUUUGGAGUAAACUCUCAAGUUUCAAAUUUUAGCGUGAUGGACAACUUUUAUGCCCAACUCACUUCUUUGAAAUUUCCUUCUGCUAAAGAAGCCGCAUCGUUUUGUCGGCAACUGGCAAGGGAGUUCGGCUUCACCAUCAAGCAAGAAACAAGUUCGAACAAGAACGUAUACGUGUAUUGUUCACGAGAGGGUAUUUCAGAAUCCGUGAAAGUCGGGAGGGAAGCAAAAAGAAAGCGAAUAUCCCUUAGGUGCGAUUGUAAGUGGAGGGUGGUUCUGUAUAAAAAUGAGCAGGAAGGUGACCAGUGGGUAUUUCGAAAAUCGGUAAAUCCGCAGCACUCGGAACACAACCACGACCUUAUACCUCCGGAACAUCUACCCACGCCUUGGCCCCCCAACGUCUUACAAAGAAUUGCUGACCAUGCUAACUCCGACCUGUCAACUGGUGACAUAAGGAAUGCCAUACAACAAGAAUUUCCCGAUCUGUUGUGGGACGAACGGAGGUUCUACAAUCGUUUGGCCGAGGAGAGGAAAAAAAAAAAGGUAAGAGAUACCGAACAACGCGUCGCCAACACAAUUUUCCUAGCCGCUCGUCUUGCCUCCUUAGCAUGCUCGAAUCAGGAAUACACCGAUAAAGUUUAUGCCAUAUUGAAUAACGCCUUCGAAGAUAUUUGCAAAAGUGCCAAGAUAGAUCCUUCGUCCGUAUACAAAGAAAAUUCGUCCACACAAGGUGAUAUGACUGUAAUAACGACUUCGACAUCAUCCAACUCCGACAUUAUAUGCAAUUAUCCUGCAGGCACGAUAACUGUUAAAAACAUUCCUGGACAAAAAGGUAGACCAUCCAAGAAGAAUGCACAAUUAACUUCAUCUCCCUUACAAUCACGUUAUCAAAGGGAAACUUCGGCUGCUUCUUCAACUUCCGACUCAUCAGCACAAUCGCCGCUCCACUACGGACAACUACUGCCAAAACGAACGGAACGGGCAUCACUGUCACACCCGAAUGAACGUUCGUCAACACAGCUACAUGAGUUUCGUCCCAAUGUACAACCUCAAAAGGGGAUGGUGCCUUCACCCUUAAAUUUUCAAGGUGGCCUGGCAAAUGUCAUGUUACCACCGCAAUCGCAAUUACCGUCUUCUGCACCAUCUCAUCUGCAUAUUCCUUCGAACUCGCAAGAAUGUGUUCAUCAAGAAGGGACGCAGUCUUCCCAUCUACCAACAGACUCGCUUUCCUCUUCUCAAUUACAAAUUCCAUUUCCUUCGCAACCAAUUCCUUUUCCAUAUUCACAAGCAAAUCCACCUGAAAUUCAGGAGGAAACGAACUUUAAAUGUCAUUCGAAUCAGUUGGAUUCACAAAUGCUGUCUGUGCCGCCUCAACAAUUCCCGCCGCAACUUUCUUUACCGCAACAAAAGAUCUCACCUCAAGUGUCCUCUCACUCGCAUCCUACCUCCUAUCAAUUUUCAGAUGGUGACAUUCAAUUUCAAAGGCAAUUAUCGAUAGUCCGGAAGGAACCAUCUUUAAAGGUCGAAAACAUGGCCGUAGAGUCAGUCUCGGCAUUGGAACAGGCUAAGGAAAUUAGUAAAGCGGCUGUGAUAGAACAUUUGGCGAGAUUUCAUAAUGUCAAUAGGAUUCAGAUAUCACCCGCCUCUAGGUCGAAACGCACAAGCAUAGGUAAAGGAGAACGAGACGGCGAUCUUGCAAAGAUGGAACAAAGGACCCAACAGCAAGUUACACACGUGGAACCCGUCAAAUCCCAUAACGAAACUGACCCCGAGAGUUCCCAUAGAUUCGAGAUCCCUACAACAUUUGACAACGGCAUCAAAUCAGACGUCUCUUCCCUGAACAUGUUUUUGAGGUCGGCAACAAAAAUUUCGAAUUUUGCGGGGGCUGAGAACAUCUCAAAAAUUGUGAAUAAUUCUGAUCUUAACAAUGAAGUUACAAUUGUUGACGUGAAUGCUAGGUUGGAUCCUUCUGCUGCAACCGCAUACAAUUCAUCGGUUAGUACCUUACCGACAACAGUCAGCUUUGACAACGGUGACGACAAUUUUAAUAACCCCAGCAUUUAUCACACGGCCUCUCAAAGAAUUUUCACUCAACCACUUGUGCCAAUGAAUUGGAUGCAGAACUAUCAACCAAACCAUAUGACAUGGUAUAGCGAUGACAUUAGUAAUUGA